AUGAGUAACCAAGCGGCUUGGAUCAAAUCUGAAAAGACAAAACUCGAAGUUGGCUCUGCUCCUGAAACGAAAGCUGGAAUUGGCGAAGUAGUCAUUAAAAAUGCAUUUGUAGCGAUCAAUCCAGUCGACUGGAAGAUUCAAGACUACAGUCCUCCUUUCCAAAAGUAUCCUGACAUUCUGGGGAGAGAUAUCGCUGGGGAAAUCGUGGAAGUAGGACCAGAUGUUACUCGACUCCACGUUGGUCAACGCGUGAUAGCACAUGCACUUGGCCGCUUAACUGGCAACCCCGCACAUGGAGGGUUUCAACUUUAUACCAUAGCGAAAGAGAUAACGGUGGCUCCCAUUCCCGAUCCAAUGCCCUAUGAGCAAGCUGUGGUCCUCCCCUUGGCAAUUUCAACUGCAGCGGCAGGUCUUUAUCAGAAAGGCUUCUUGGCACUGCCAUACCCAACCAUCAAUCCCAAAUCAAGUGGGAAAACAAUUCUCAUUUGGGGAGGUAGCUCUUCGGUUGGAAGUACUGCUACUCAAUUAGCCGUCGGAUCUGGAUUAGAAGUGAUUUCAACUGCAUCGAAGAAGAAUUUGGACUAUGUAAAGGGAUUGGGUGCGAAGCAUGUGUUUGAUCACGCUUCGGCAACAGUGGUUGAGGAUAUACUUGCGGGACUCAAGGGAACUGACUUCGUUGGUGCAUAUGAUGCCAUAUCAAGUCCAGAGACUUUGAAGGCAUCUGGAGAGAUCGUUCAUCAAUUAGGUGGAGGAACAAUUGCGACUGUACUGUCUACACCUGCUGGAGGCCUCCCGAGUAACGUGACGGCAGUCGGGGUCUUGGCAGUAUCGAUCGCCUCCGAGCAACCAGAUGUUGGUGAUGCUGUUUGGCGGAAAUAUGUUCCUGAAGCAUUGAAAAAUGGCGAGCUGCUUCCAAAGCCGGAACCACUCGUGAUCAAAGGGGGCUUGCAUCACAUACAAGAGGGGCUUGAUACUCUCAGAACGGGUGUAUCUGCGGCCAAGGUGGUGGUGGAGUUGUAA